AAUUAGUUGACAAUCUGGCGUGCACUUUAUAAGUCACAUCUGGUUUGGCUGUUUAACGCGCUGCUUUGACAUGCGACUCGAGCGACGCGCUGUCAAUAACGGUAUUAAUUGGUUGUUUGCGUACGAAAAUUAAAGAUAGUGCAAAAUGCAAAUACUUAAAAAAAAAAAUAAAAAUAAAGUUAUAACUGCAGCAUUGUAGUGUGUCAAAGUGUUUUAUAUACACCAUUUUCCAAUUCAGUCCAAUUAAAUGUGAAUUUAUAAAGAUUGUGAGGGGAUAAGCGGUCCAUUGAGCGCAUGAGAUUACCCUUCUUUUAUGCAAAUACAUUGUAAUGAUGAACUUGAACUAUCGUUUUUGUGAUUAUAUGCAUUUCAGAAAUUCUUGCUGUCAUUUUAAUGAGCGCUCGCUGUGCUUCAAUUGAUAUCCAACUGAAAUUUUAUAAGUAAACGGAUUUUUUAUGUCAAUGUUAAAAUAAUACAAAUUAACAUAAAUUGUAAACCAUGCAUUAGUAAAAAAAUUAAUAAUAAACGGCGUAACAACCAUUGCCCUUUAAUAUGAUCUGAUGCUAUUUCAGUUUAAUGUCCCGCUAAUAUCGAAGUAUGGAAGUUAUCAAUAAAAUAAUAAACGAACUUUCCUAAAUCGAGAAAUCAAAUUGACGAAGAUUUUUUGGUUCCAGUGCAGUUACAUAUAUUAAUAAAUUCGGCAUAGGAAUUACCAUGUACCGGAUUUUGAAUAUCUUCUUUGCCGUAUUAUUGUUCCGAACUUCGAAUAUUUCAACAGAACCCACAGGGGUAUUGUUCCUCAUCUCCAGUCAGGAUACCACGUACCAUCGUCCAUUAGCAGCACGUCUACGCGAUGACAUUAUUAACCAAGCCGAAAGCCAAUUGCCCAAUACAAACUACGUCAUCACAGUUCAUAUGUUACAUGAAAUAUUCAAUUUUCCAAGCUAUUGGGCGAUAAAGAAUGCAAUACCCUUGGUGCGUUCCAAACUACUUGGUGAGCAUGUCAAAUGGGUGGUUUGGUUGGAGGAGAGUACACAUGUCUUACUGCAAGCGCUUUUGGAACAGUUAGUGCUGGAGGAUGCCACUCGGUGCCUUUAUUUGGGUCACGCGCUCUAUGACGAUCAAGCUAAUAUCAGGCAUCACUUUGCUUUUCACAAAGAUGCCGAAUGGUUUCCAUUUCCAUUGCAACGAGCCGGCAUUGUCUUUUCAAGAGCUUUAAUCAUCAAGACCGCAGAGGCUAUAGAAACCGCAACUAUUUAUAGUUCACCUUUCAUUAUUGAUAUGGAACACGAACUGGCGCUAUUCAUUUAUAACGAAGUAAAAUCAAAUGCUUUUGAAGCUCAGCUCAGCGCAAAAGAGCUCAACGGUACGACGAAGUCAAAUAAUAUACAAAAGGUGCUGAUGCGUAAAGUGCACUACAUUUGCUCGCGAUCGGACGAGUAUGGCAAUACAGACAACAAGUGUGCAAUGUAUGCAAAGCCAAUGGAAACAAACUACUAUAACGCUCUGAGGCCGCACAAUAUUUUCUUUGCUGUCAAAACAUGUAAACGCUUUCAUUUCGAUCGAAUACCGAUUAUUAAAGCAACCUGGGCUCCAAUGGCAUCACAUAUUCGUUAUUAUAGCGAUGUAGCAGAUUCACAAAUUCCGACAACACCUACCGAUGUACCCAACACUGAAAUCGGUCAUUGCAAUAAGACACUGACAAUAUUGAAAUUAGCUUUACGAGAGAUUGAUGCCCACAAUAGAGAAUUGGGAAAUUCGGUGCAUGAGCAAGAUGAAAACACUCAUAUUCAUUGGCUCGUUUUAGCCGAUGAUGAUACGUUACUAAGCAUUCCAAAUCUAUGCGCAUUGCUCGGAUGUUUCAAUCACACAGACGAUAUUUAUCUGGGCGAACGAUACGGGUUCCAUCACAACAUAAAAAACGGCUUCAAUUACAUAACCAGCGGUGGUGGUGUUGCUAUGAGUUUGCCCGCUGUACGUAAAUUACUUGCGCAUUGCCACUGCACACAUUCGCAAGAUGCCGAUGAUAUGUUGCUGGGCAUGUGCUUCACUAAUCUAGAUGUGCCAAUCAUACACUCGCAGCAGUUUCAUCAGCUCCGGCCACAGGACUAUCCAAGCGAAUUGUUGGCUCUUGAUCCACCUAUCUCUUUUCAUAAAUUUUACGAUUUAGAUCCGAUCUCCGUAUAUAAUAAUUACUUUGCCAAUGCUGAUCAACAGAUGCUGACUACAAAGCACCUAAGUUAUACAAAUAAAAAAUAAUAUCUUAUUUGAAAUAAUCAAAAUAAAAACUUGAGAAAUAUUAAAAACAUA